AUGUCCGGCUAUUAUCCUCCCCCUCCCGGAUCGGCCGGUGCUGGAACACAGAAGAGCUACCCGCCUCCACCGAUGUCAGCUCCCCCGACUCAGACCAAGUUCUCCUACCCAGCUCCCCCAAGCAGCUCUCAGGGUAGAAACUACCCUCCUCCUCCUCAAGCUGCUGCCACACCACCCCCUGCUGCCUCUUCACCCCAGCAGUACCCUCCUCCUCCCCAGCAGCCACAAUUCUCAUCACCACCCCAAGCCCCCUCGCCGGCGCAACACGCUGCGCUGCCCACACACGCACGCAGUCAAUCACAGACAUCCCAGCAGCAGCAGCAGCCACAACAGUUCGCACCGCCUCCUUCAUAUCCCACAGAAGACAAGGAUGCCUCUUAUCCAGCCGAGAAGCAGCAACAGCAACAGCAACAGCAACAGCAACAGCAACCCGUAACCAUGGAUCCCUCCUCAGUAGCCAGCACCCUGCUCGGCGCCCCAGCCGCUGGCCAGUUCGUCGGUGCUACCUCCACAGUAGUAGACGACGUGGGCACCUUCAACGGUGGCUCCUACCGCAUCAGCCACCGCGACUGCAAUACCGUCCUCACAAUCCAGCUCGCCAUUGGCUGCCCCUUUGAGGCGAGACCCGGAGCCAUGAUUGCCAUGUCCCCGUCUAUCCAGCUCAAAGGCUCCUACAAGUUCAGCAUGAAGAAGCUGGUGGCGGGCGGCGAGAUGAGCCAGUCACACUACACCGGUCCCGGAGAGCUGCUGCUCGCGCCGCCGAUGCUGGGCGACAUCACGAGCUUGAGGCUGACCGGGAACGAGUCGUGGUCGGUGAGCCACGAUGGGUAUCUCGCCAGCACGCAGCAUGUGAUCAAGGACUACAAGAGGCAGGGGCUGGGGAAGGCCAUGUUUAGCGGGGAGGGGCUCUGGGUGUACAAGAUUAGCGGGACGGGCCUGUUGUGGCUGACGAGCUUUGGUGCCAUUAUCAGGAAAGACCUGGCCGAAGGCGAGAAAUACAUCGUGGACAACGGCCACUUGGUCGCCUGGAACGUCAAGUACAUCAUGGAGCGGGUCACCUCGGGAGGCAUCAUUUCGGGCUUUGCGUCUGGUGAAGGUCUCGUCUGCAAGUUCACCGGCCCAGGGACGGUGUUUAUUCAGACCAGAAACGCGAGAUCAUUCAGUGCUUACAUGACUGGACAACAGAACGGCCAUGCUUAG